AUGGCGACCCAGGGGACCUCAACUGCCCCGUCCACGACUCCGACACUCACUCGAGUUGAUGCCCGACACCCCGACACCACGGCGAACCUGGUGCAAGAGAUCCUCGAACGAGACGGUGCCGUCAUCGUGACGAACUUGAUCAGCCCUGAACAAGCCGAACAAAUCCGCCGUGAUCUCAAACCGCAUUUCGACGCCGACGGGGGCGACCAGAGCGGCUUCUUCCCGAAAACAACGCGGCGAGCUAUCGGUCUGCUAGGCAAGUCGCCCACGUGCGUGGAACUGGCGCUCAACCCGCUCUUCAGCGAGGUGGCGUCUCGACUGCUGACGUCCAAGUUCGAGUACUGGAUCGGCCAAGAGAGGCAGGUGGCCAUAUCCAAGCCUCAGAUCUCCAGCACGGUUGGGUUCCAGGUCAACCCGGGCAGUCGGCAGCAGGGCCUCCAUCGGGACGACAUCGACUACCACAUCCGGUCGGGACACGACUCUGUGCUGAUCGGGUGCGUGGCCGCAACUGUCAAAACCACGCGAGAGAACGGGGCGACCGUCAUCAUCCCGGGCUCCCAUCGCUGGAAGGAUGAUCGCUGCCCGUACGACCACGAGGCUGUGCCGGCUGAGUUGGAGCCGGGCGAUGCCACCAUCUUUCUCGGGAGUACAUAUCACGCCGGUGGUGCUAAUCAAACAACGGACCAGGUUCGGGAGACGGUCGGCAUCUUUCUCACUAAAGGGAUGUACCGCCAAGUGGAAAACCAAUACCUGACCGUGCCUCCCGCGGUGGCGUCCGCGCUGCCCACCAAAGCCCAGCGCCUGCUCGGCUACGGCGUGAGUCCGCCGUUCUGCGGCUUCGCCACCGACUACAAGGACCCCAUGCAGGGGCUGUUUGGGGUCGUGGAUGGGGAGACGGUCGUGCUUUGA